AUGGCCGCCCCCUGGUGGAAAUCGUUGCCGGAGUUUCUCUUAGCCAGAUUCCCCUUCAUAAAUGCAUUAUCACUUCUCAUGCUUCUCGCGGAGCGGGCACAGCACGAAACUCAGCCUCCCAUGCAUCCAAAUCUGAUAUAUGCCAACAUUGGGGUGUUCCUGAUGUGUGGGUUCUUGAUGUCAGGAAAGGUGAUGAGGAAGGAAUUGUCACUAGUUUGUGCUGGACAAAUGUUUUUCUUCGCCUUCAAUAUGUACACCAACACAAAUCUUCACUACUCACAGUGGCAAAGGAUACGUAUGGGAGUACGACAUAUAGGAUGUGCAGGAAUGUUCAUUUUGUACUCGCAUCUACAAGACAGGAAGUGGACAACCCAUCUCCGUCGCAUAGGGGAGAUAACUGUUGGUUUAUAUCUUCUUGGGAUCACCUACGUCCUGAACAAUAGUGCAGAAGACAAGCGUGCCUUCUUGUCUCAUGUUGUUGGGGGCGAUUGGAGUAGAUACUUUUAUACACUCAUCAUUGCUUGUGCAGCUUUAAGUUUUUUUUCAGGAUAUUUCCUUAGGGAUAUGUCUAUCUCCGUGAUUAUUCUGCUGACACUGGCUACUGUUUUUGUGGACUGUGACUUAACAUUCUGGGUAGACAGACGUGGAAUGCAUUACUGGAAUCAAAUCAGAAUUGUGUUAGAUGACAUUUGUUUAAUUUUGGGUUUUUCAAUGUUGACAGUAAGAUUUGAUAACAUAGUGAAAACGAACACGGAUUAAUAUUAAAUUAUCUUAAAAGCAUGCCAUUUCAUAUUAUGAUAUAUAUACAUUGAAAACGAUAUAUGAAACAUUCAUCAUCUUUUCAUUAUUUUUUUUUCAAAUUAAGUGAGAUAAUAUUUUACAAGUUAUCAAAGUGUGAAAGUCAUGAUAUUUAACCAUGGUGCUGUUCAUGGGAAUUUUAAAAUGUAUUGAAUAUUGUAAUAAAUAUAUGUUACUGUUGAUAUA